CAAGCCUAAUACUUGCUCUAAUGUUAGAAAAGAGAGACACGUUUGAUGACAAUUGAUUGAAACGAUAGUACAGCAAAUAAGCAUUCAUGCGAAAGACAAAAAUGGAUUUAUUAAUUUUUAUCUCUAUUACCUGUUUGAUUUUGGUGUUUCCCAGUUGAUUAUUUUUUUAAAGAGACGCUCCCCUUUUUUUUUUUCUUUAAUGACAGACUCAAAUGAACACACUGAAACUGAGGCCACAUCACCUACUAAAACACCGGCACCUUCGUUAUCACAACGCCAGAGUACUUUAUUAAAGGCUAACCGUAGAUCCAACUUUUUUUACCGAAAUUUACAAAAUGAGCCACCCAUUGGAAAUCCAGAGAAUUCAGAUGAAUAUAAUGCUCGAUUAAAGCAAGAAUAUGAACAGCUUCAACUAAUCAAUCACACUCUUGAAGUCAUGAUUGAUGAUUUCCAAAAAGUAGUAAACACACAAAAGCAAUUAGCGCGUCAUGUUGAUGACACAGAUAAAUUACUGGAUGUUUGGUCAACGAUUUUAGAGACAACUGAAAAAUAUAAAAGAUUAAUAGAAGGCCCUACUUGGGAAAAGAAGGAAGAGAAUGGACAAUAGUAUAAUCUUUUUUUUUUUUUUUUGAUUAUAAUAGAUUAGUAUACCUAAGAGAGAAAAAUCCUUAUUUAUUUAAUAAAUAAUUGUAUAUAUAUACACACACUAAACAGCAGAAGCAAAGCAAUACUUUCUUAG